GCAGAGCUCCCAGAGGCUGAUAGGAUGCUGACAGCUCGUGAUGGAGCUCAAGAUGAAGCUCAGAAGCUGCACAGGAAAUGGAUGAAGCACCAGGCCUUCAUGGCUGAAUUGGCCCGCAACAAAGAAUGGCUUGCCAAGAUCGAACAGGAGGGCGAGGAGCUGAUCCAGGAACAGCCUGAGUUGCGAUCGGUGGUGGAGAUAAAGUUGAAGGAAAUCAGAGAGUGCUGGUCUCACCUGGAGAACACCACCAAAGUAAAGGCCCGCCAGCUGUUUGAAACUCAGAACCACCGCACUAAUGACCUGCCCUCAAACACCCUCAGCGACCUGGACCAGCAUCUCAAUGCCAUACAGGAGCAGCCGUCUACACUAGGCUCCACCCACAGCACCCAACCCACCCUCCUUCAGCCCCGCCCCACUUUCAGCCAGCAACUCCAGAGGAUACAAUCAAUGGAAGCCCAGAUGCAGCUUUAUCAAGGUGUUGGUGAAGUCAGGGCUGGUGCUGAUCACCGGAGACCAGAAGGAGAAGAGCAAGGAGGCAUGACGGAGACCCGAAUUGUGCGUCUUAUUGAGCCUCUGAAGGAAAGGAGGCGGAUCCUUCUUGCUUCAAAAGAAAUGCACCAAGUCACCCAGGACCUGGAGGAUGAGAUUGUAUGGAUUCAGGAUCGGUUACUUUUGGCCUCAUCUACAGAAUAUGGGACCAAUCUGCAGAGUGUCCAACAUUUAAUUUUGAACCAUAAGGCGCUGCAGAUCGAGAUACAGGCUCAGAGGGGGCGGGUCGAGGAGGUGCUGGAAAGGGCGGAGGCCGUUGCUGCCCUGCAGAUCCCAGAGAUGGAACUUCUGCGGGAGGGGGCGGGGCAUGUGAGGCAGAUGUGGGAGGUGCUUCAGGUAGAGAUUGAACGUCGCACAGUGAUGCUAGAUGCCGUGAACCAUGCCCAGCAGUACCACACCCAGGCAGCGAAGGCGGAAUCUUGGCUCAGUGGACAGAAACUUCAGGUCCUGAAUGAGGAGAAAGGAAAUGACGAGGCCAGCACUCUUAGGUUACUGAAAGAGCAGUUGGCCUUAGAGCAAACAGUGGAGAAUUAUGCGGAGACAGUGAGCUCACUGUCCCAGCAGUGUCGUCGCAUGCUUGAGAUGGGACAUCCAGACAGUGAGCAAAUCACCAAACAGCAGGCUCAUAUAGACCGGCUAUAUGUAUCUCUAAAAGACCUGGUGGAACAGAGGAAAACAAAGCUGGAGCAGCAAUACUGGUUGUAUCAGCUGAAGCGAGAGGUGGAGGCACUGGAGAAAUGGAUCUCUGAGAGGGAGGCUAUCGCCAGCUCCACUGAACUCGGCCAGGACCUGGAGCACGUCACGGCACUGCAGAGCAGCUUUACUAAAUUCUCCACUGAGACACGUGCAGUUGGCCAGAAACAGAUGGAUUCUGUCAAUAAGAUGGUGAAUGAGAUGAUUGACUGCAGUCACUCUGAUGCUGCCACCAUUGCAGAGUGGAAAGAUGGGCUGAAUGAGUCCUGGGCGGAUCUUCUGGAGCUCAUGGAGACCAGAACGCAGAUGCUUGCAGCAUCGUACCAGCUACACAAGUUCUUCACCGACUGUCAGGAGGUGCUGGUCCAGAUCGAGGUAAGGUCAUGUCAGGUGAGCUCAGCCAACCCUGGCACACUGCAGAGACUCCUGCACUCUUUUGAGCACUCCCUGCAGCUGCUGGUAUCACAGGUGCGCCAACUACAAGAAAACGCUGCUCAGCUGCGUGCAAUUUAUGCCGGGGAGAAGGCAGAUGCCAUUUUUUCCCGUGAGCAGGAAGUGAUGCAGGCAUGGAAAGAGCUCCUUGUUGCAUGUGAGGGCAGCCGUGUACAGGUUACCACAGUAACCGAUAAGAUCCAGUUCUUUGCUGUGGUGCGGGAAUUGAGCAUGUGGAUGGAUGGAAUAAUGGGACAGAUUGGCUCAACUGACGAUGCCAGGCGUGGGUUUUGGUGUUGGGCGGGUCCUUGUGUACGUGUCAGGGACCUCUCUGUGCUGGAGGGCAUGAUGUCCCAACAUCAGAAUCUGAAGAGUAAGAUAGAUAACAAGAGCAAGAAUUUUGUGCAUUGCGUGGAGAUGGGAAAGAUGCUUCUCGCUGCACGCAACCCUGCAGCUGAAGAGGUAAAAGAAAAGCUGGAGUAUAUCAUGGCAAAGCAGAAUGAAAUGAAUGAGCGAUGGGAACAGCACUGGGAGAAGCUUCAGCAAGCCCAGCAGAGGCUGCAGUCUACCCAGCUGGGAUCGGCAGAGCAGUCCUGGCUCAAAAUCAAGGAACCAAUCACUCCAAAUACCCGUGAGGCAGGGGGUGGGACAGACGAGGUGGAGGAGCUGAUUCGCCGGCAUGAAGCGUUCCGGAAGGCUGCGUCCACAUGGAAGGAUCAUUUCAGCUCAUUACGACAGGCAGAGAAGAUGAAGGAGGAACUGAGCAAGCCACCCUCUACCUCCUCUCUCCUUAGCAGGCAGAUGUUCCCUCUCUCUUGUCUUGUGCCCAGCUCCUCUUCUUCGUCUUCAUCCUCCUCGCUCUUCCGUAACCCACUUCAGGACUCACUUCUGGAGUCCAAGCCCGGGCCGGACCUCAUGCACGCAACAGAACACACGGUGGUGAACACACUCACUCACCGGCUCGGGUCCACCCUGAACCCCUACAUGCCUGUCAUGAAUGGCUCCUCCUAUCACGGGCUAAACCAGCCAUCAGGGGUCGUGGCGGAGGGUCUUUUGUACCAUGGGCUAAAACAACAGGGUGUUUCAGGGUUGGAUAAUUCCGGCUAUCAGGGGUUAAACCAACAAGUUGGUGUCUUAGGUGUGAACAGCUCCAGCUACACUGGACUAAACCAACAGGGUGUUUUAGAAGAGGACAACUCCAGCUACCACAACCUGAACCAUUUAGGUGCUGUGGGGGUAGAGCCUAAAAUGGGAUAUGCAUGGCAGCACCUGAAAACUGACUGCCUUCAGCCCAAAAUCAACCACAUUCACAAAGCUGUACCACCUUUACUGGAGGCACACCGAGCACAGCUCGCUGGUGGAGGAGCAAACAUGCCAGCUCCUCCUAUGGGUCUGGACCCCUCCCUGGAGAUGAUCCACAGCCGUUUACAGAGAGACCCCCGCGGGAGCCGAUCUGACCCACAGAUGGAUCACUUGCGGCGAGAGAGAGAGUACCGGCUUGGCCGACAGACCUCCAGCGAGCAGGAGAUCCAGGCACGACUUAACGAGCUCCCGAUGAUUGUUAGGCAGGAACGAUACCGUCGAAGAAUGGAGAGACAGUCGUCCAGUGAGCAGGAGGGCAGCGGUAAGCAGAGAGUUCAGAAACAUGACUCCAGCGACGCAGAAUCUGGGAAAGAGCCGUCUGACAGGAGACCAUCUGGGGAGAAGCGUUCUACUAUGGCUGAGAUUGUUGAGCAAGUGCAGGAAAGAGAAGCUUGCAAUGUGAAGGGAGAGGUGUACAGACCACCCAGCAGCCUCUCUGCACCAGUGAGCCGCCUGGAUCGCCCUCGAGCUCGAGACCGCCCCAAACCACGACGAAGACCUCGUCCAAAAGAACCCGAGGAGCCACGGCGGUCCCGUUCUGCACCGGCUCAGAGCGUCCCAUCCACACGUCAACCUCCUACCCACACUGUCCAUCAUGAGGGCUUCCUGUACAGGAAACAUGAAGAGGAGGGGAAAGAGAGAAGCCCAAACAGCAAGUCGUGGGUAAAUCUGUUCUGCGUGCUCAAACAAGGGGAGAUUGGAUUCUAUAAGGACGCACGACACAAAACCACACCCUACAACGAUGAGCCUCUUCUUAACUUGGCCAUUUGCGAAUUUGACACUACCAAUGGAUAUAAAAAGAAGAAGAAUGUGUUCAUUCUCAGGACCACUGCUGAAGGGGACUACAUUUUCCUGGCUAAGGAUGAGGAGGAUCUGAAAGGUUGGGUCAACAGCAUCAACGCUAGCCUGAAGGAGAUUGAGGAAAUUGCCAAGUGGGAGAAGGCCACAAACUCCUCCACCGACCCAGACAAAUCAGAGCGCAAGGAGCGUUCUGAAGGGGCAGAGCCAUUUGAGGGGGCGGAGAGAUCAGAGAGGUCAGAGAAGUCUGAGCGUUCAGACCGAUCAGAUAAAAUAGAAGCAUCGGACAAAAGCUCAGAAAAGAGGGACACAUCCGAGAAGGAGAAUGGAGAUAGAGUUGAAAGAGAAGAGAGGGGAGAACGAGGAGACCGGGGUUCCAGGGGUUCCAGCACUUCGGGAAAAAGCAAAUGACUCAUCCCUCUACACCUUUAUUUACUCAUCCAUCCCUCCAUCUUUCCAGAGAGAAGACAGGACUUGCAUUUCUCAGUCUCUGUCGCUCCGUUUGUCCUGACAGCCUGAUUUCAGGACAGAUGUAAUUGUCCCUUGAAUGUUUCGAUGUAUGUCUGUGUGCGUGUGCCAAUGUGUUGAAGAGAACGUCUGUGAAAGGAAAUGAAAAGAACAGUAUAUGAACGUAUCCCAGCAUCAGAGGGCCAGUUCAGCCGCCCUGCUUGACUCUCACAUAAAAGGCAUUGAGGAUGACUAUAGUCCUCUUAAUAUUUUAGAAACGUUUUCUCGAAGCAAUAUACUGUUCGUAGUAACCGAUGCCACUUGUUUUAGCUGCUCUGCACUUCCAAGCGAGUGACAGAGAAGUAUUUCAGAGAGAAAUCUGGUGCGGUAGUAGGGACAGAGUUCCUCCUGAACGACAUCCAUACACAGCCCCACACAUGCAUACGAACACGCACAGUGCAUCAUGGGAAAAUGUUUGGUAUGGAAUACCAUUCUCUCACCCGAGGCCGCACAAGUCUUCCACCUGCUGCUUGUAGUAAUGUUUUUAAUCAUUCGAGAUACUUUACAGUACUGUGGUGAGCGUUAUUCAGUUUACACCCGAUGAAGAGUCUUGAUCACAAUAUGUGAAUAUAAUGUGGUGUGUGUGUGUGUGUGUGUGAAUACAGCUCCAUCCAGAAGGAGAUCAAAUGUACUAUGUAUAACCUCAUUGAUCGUAUUUAUUAGGUUAUCACAAUACAAAUUUAAAAUGCAAGGUUAUUCUUCCCUGAACUAAGAGGAAGUACGAUCAAACACCCCAGUAUGUGUACAAAUAUGCUGCUUUUUUAAUCAUCUCUGCCCCCUUACAUCACUCUUUGAUUGUAAAAUGAUUAGUACACAUAAAAUAGGGUGUAUGUGACUUUGUCAUGCUAUAAAGAAAAAGACUGUAUAUAUAUAUAUUUGUAUAUAUACUAGUAAAUGAGAUUUACUUCUAUGAACUGCAGCGUCUAAUUACAAAAAAAAGUAAAAAUAAUUUUUAUCAACCUAAGAAAAUGUAACAAGUUAAACAGAGUUGUUUAAAGUGCCCCUGGCUGAAUUUAAACAGUGAACAUGGGCGUUAGCCUCAUUUUCCGGGAUCUCUUGUAUACGGAAAUGCAACUUUUACUCUUUAUGGUUUGUUUGUUUUGACCAAGGCAAAAGAUCAGGAUACUUGUAAAAAGAAAUCACCAUUAAAACCCUCAUCAGAGACUGUUUUGUUUUUAAUAUAAAUGCUAAGAGAACUGUCUCUUGACAGCUGUUGCAAUUUCUAUGACAAAGACAAUGAUUUUCCCCUUAAAAUAGUAAAAAUAUAUAGGUGUAAAUUAUAUUUGCACAGAUAUGAUACAAAUAAAAAUAUCUGAAUAAACCAGAAUCAAUAAUAAUAAUAAUAAUAAUAAAUCUUUUUGUGUUUUUAAGGUGUUUUUUCCACUUAUUUGUAAUGAUGGUCCUAAGGCUUUAAUUUAAGCUUUAAAUCACUGUUGAGGUCAAGCUUCUCCUAACUAGCUCUAUUUUCACCGCACAAACUUGUUCUUCUGAGUUCAAACUCUGACUGGCCUCAUUGUCUAUGCAACAGCAAAUAUCAGCAUCAUACUAAAAAUAAUUGCUGAAAUUGAGAUUAAAUGGUGUGUAAUAAAACUGUCAUUUACAGAUUAUGUUAGUUCCCUAUCGAUACUACACUCGCACGCUAUGGUGAAAAGUCCUUUUCUCUGAUUUCUGAAGCCCUUUUCAAUAAAGCAGUGAAACUGCACGACCAUUGGUUUGUGGAGUUCGAUAGAAACGAACCAGUGGUGGCAUGGCAGAGCCGCGCUAGCCUAUGGUGAGUGAGCCCGCCCGAGCCCGCCAAAAGGGGCGGGACAUCGAGCUAUAUAAGCAGCCGUCUCACCAAGGCAAACGGAUUCUUUCUCCUUCUGGAUGACUGAAAUCUCUGCGCUGGAUCCAAGACCUGAAGCCGAACAAGCAGCUGAGAUCACUGCUGACCAGCUUGCCGCUCUGCACAGCCGAUCAACUACUUUUCCUUGCUCUCCGCCCUCUAGCAGCUCGCCACUCACAAGCAGCAUGCCGCUUCGAGCAGCCAGCCGCCCUCGCAGCUCUUCGGGGGCACAACCUGGCCACGUUUCAGGAGUUGCGCAGCGCUAUGGACCUGGCCCUGCGCGCUACUAAGGCCACCGCCCAGGCUAUUGGGCAUUCCAUGGCCAGCUUGGUGGUGCUGGAAUGCCACCUCUGGCUGAAUCUGAUGGAGAUCAAGGAAACGGAUAAAAUAUCUGCCUCGACUCACCUGUCUCCCUCGCUGGUCUCUUCGGCCCCGCUGUGGAUGGGUUCGCUGAGCGCUUCACCGCUGCACAAAAGUCGUCCCAGGCUAUGCAACACUUUUUGCCCAAGCACUCAUUUUCGUCAACCACUGACAGGGCUUUAAGAGCCUACAUUGACCGUUCCGCCUCUUUUCGAGAGUCAGAACAGCUCUUUGUGUGCUUUGGAGGCCUCACCAAGGGUCAUUCGGUCUUGAAACCAAGGUUCUACAACCUGGAUGUUCCUGCGCUACAAACGCAGGUCCUGUCAGCAUAAGCCCACCUUCAUGGUCGGUUUUUGCUUGUUGUCCAGCCUGCGUCUGGGUCCCUGGGGUUAGCUUUGUCCCCUACACGUUCUCAAACCCCUGAACUGUAGGAGGUCAACAAGAUGACUGGUGUAAUUACAUCCCCGACUGGUCUGGGAUAUUUUACGUAUUCGUGACAAGCCCUUCUUAGUGCUCUGGGCGAUUACACGGUCAUCCUUCCUGAUAACACGGCGUGAUUAUAUUGUCCCCAUAGCGUCUUAGCCUAAAUGGCUUACGACGCAGUACAAGUGUACUAUCGAUAGGGAAUGUACUCGGUUACUAACGUAACCUCGGUUCCCUUAGAUACGGAAUGAGUACUGCGUACUUUGCCGUGCUAUGUGUAAGGACACCUCAUGUCGUCUCUUCAGUCGAAUUAAAUCAGUUUGCCUAGGUGAGACGGCCGCUUAUAUAGCCCGAAGCCCUGCCCCUUUUGGCAGGCUCGGGCAGGCUCGCUCACCAUAGGCUAGUGCGGCUCUGCCGUGCCACCAUUGGUUCGUUUCUAUCAAACUCCACGGACCAAUGGUCGUGCAGUUUCACUGCGUGAUUGAAAAAGGGUUCAGAAAUCUGAGAAAUGACUUUUCCCCAUAGUGUCUUAGCCUAAACAGCUUACGACACAGUACUCUUUCCGUAUCUAAGGGAACCAAGGUUACGUUAGUAACCGAGUAUGUGGCACAGACACACUUGACCCCUGAUCAGUAAAACAUGCAAUAUUGAUCUGCAAUUUAAAAGCUGAGCUGAUUGUGUACGCUUGGGUACAUAAUACAGAACACAUACCUUAUGACAACAGAAAAAAGUCACACAACCUAGAGUCAUGUUUAGAGUCAAAUCUGCUACUGAUUGGAUAUGUCUUUGAUCAUUGUCAUAGAAACUGCAUAACUAGAGACUAAACUUGUGUUGCACUGGGUAUCUGUGUCUGAUAAAUGUGACUGAGGGUGAAUGAAUGCCUGUUACCAAAUUGUUGCUGUGUAUGUCUCUGUCUAACCUUUGCUGAAGCAAUUUCACUCCUGAAAACCAGUUUAACAACUCUCCCCUUCCAAAGCAUAAAAUAGCGAUUUGUUAUGACUAAUUUUACUUAAAGUUUUGACUCUUCGACUUAUCUAACACGUGUUACAGAGUGACCUUGACUACGGUUUGCCUGCAAAAAGCACAAUUUCUCCCUAAACUAAAUCUGGAGUAUUAGAAAAAAAAUGACCCCUGCAUUUCUUUAAGCUGUCACAUGAGGUCAGGGUUGCAAAGGAAUUUCAGUGCUAAAAUAACUUUUGCUUUGCUAAGCCUUGCUUUGUUUCUCUCCUGCUUGACCUCACCAGUAAGUAUUUAUAUUUUAAUUCAUUAUUGAAAGAAUGGAGAAAAUCGAGUGUGUGGGUUUCCCUCGUUUAUUUGAAGUCAAUUGUUUCACACAUGAAAUUAAAGAAAAACACUAUUAAGUUGCAUGAAAGAGAAUAUAGAGGUGAUUUCUAUGCAACAGCUGUGCAUGUUUAUCAAAAGGGUUUCAAUCUUCAGCAAAGCACUGAGUUUGUAUGAUGAGGAUGAUGAUGAUGAUGAUGAUGAUGGAGAUGGAGAUGGAGAAAUGAGUUGAAUGAGCAGAUCACUUGUAUAGCUGAAAUGAGACAUUAAAUCAUUUAUGUACUGAUAUCUGCACUAAUUCAUAAAUACAGGUUGUAUAUAUCA